CCCGGAGCGGCUCGGCUGGGCCUGGCCCGGCCCUGUGCCGCGCCGCCGGCCGCCGGCGUUUAAAUAGCGGCGCCUGCCGCGCUGCUGCGUCCUUCGCCAGUCUUGCCCGGUGUGUGGGGGAACUGUCCGGGAUGUAAGUGUCCUUGGAGACAUGUUCUCUCUGGAGAGCCCGCCGCUCCCCGCUCUGCUUCCCCAGUGCGACCUCUACGCCAUCCCUGAGGGAGGAUGGAGUGUCUCUGAAGGGACCUCUGCGGUUUUUCUGGCAUGCAGUGCUCUUGUGGCUGAUGCUGGCGUACAGCUGGGAUGGCACAGAACAGAACCAAAACCCAUCUCAGUACUUGCUUUUGACACAGCAUAGGACAGGAAGCUCAUUUAAAGAGAGAAACAGAAAGGUCUUUACUGCCUAUGGAAAGAGGAGCAAGGUUUAUAUGCUUUGAGAAGAUCUGCUGUAGUUUGCUGCCAUUUAAUUUUAACAACUCAUCUGCUUGAGGAGAUUCUGUAGUAAUGUAUCCAGUGGCUGUUCCUGCACCAGGAGGUGAAGGAAGCAAUGGACAACAUGGGAAACUUAUUUUUUUCCUUUUUGUUUUUGGAGCCGUGUUGCUCUGUGCUGGAUUCCUUCUUUCCGUUUUUAUUCUCCAGUCAUGUCCAUCUGGAAGCUUCAGUGACUGUAAUGAGGUCCUUAAGGCUGCUGGGCCAGUGCUGGCUGUAACUGGACUGGUUUGUGUCCUUCUGGCACGAUCAAGGGCCAGGAUGUAUAUAAGACAAAGACAAUUGCAAAAUGAGCAGGUGUACAGCCUUGUUUUUUGUCGUGGGAACUGUCAGUUUGCCCAGUUUCUUAUAUUUGGAUUCCUGUUUUUAACUAGUGGAAUGUUAAUUAGCAUCCUGGGCAUUUGGGUUCCUGGUUGCAGCCCUGGCUGGCAUAUGAUACAGCUCAACCACACUGGCACUUCUGAUGUGGACCUCCAGGGCUGUGGAUUCCUGUCACUUCAAAUCAUGGGACCUUUGAUUGUGCUCACUGGGUUGUGUUUCUUCGUGAUAGCUCAUGUUAAAAAGAAGCAAAACUUAAAUCUCAACCAAGAAUCCUGUGAAAGUGAAGAACAUGCUCACAGCCCUGAAUCUUUUCAGGUUACAGUAGGUGAUGCUGUGAUGGUGUUCCCACCCCCACCACCUUCUUAUUUUGCUGACCCUAUGUCACCAACUGUGACACGUUGUCUUAUGUCAAGUGUUUUGACUACAAGUGAAAGUCCUCCACCGUACCACUCUAUCUUCAGUGAUGGAGCACAGCUUGCUGAUGAUGAAGGAACAGUUGCUGUUAGAGACUAUGAAUCCAUAUAUACAAUUUCUGGAAGCAGCUCACCUUCAGAUAUUUUACCAAUGCUAUACCUUUCUUCUGAAUCACCACCAAAAUAUGAAGAAAAAGCAUCAAUAACAAAUAAUGAAUAUUCGCCAUCUUCUUCCUCAUCCUUUUCAUCUAUUUCCUUAGCCACAUCUGACACCAGCUCGUAAAGGACUGACAGUUCACUUAAUUUUUAAUCAAAAUGUACACAGAGAUUUACAAUUUUUGAAUUUAUUUACAUUUUGUAAUAAAAGCAAUAAUGUUG